AUGGCGGCUCUCCCGCCCCCGUCCUCGUCUUCGUCAUCCCGGCGGACGAGGACGGGUGACAAAGUGGUCGGCUCCUUCACUAUUGAGGAUGAAAUAGGCAAAGGCAGUUUUGCUACCGUCUAUAGGGGAACCCACAAGGCUACUGGAGCUCUUGUGGCAAUCAAGUCCGUCAACCUAUUAAAGCUUAACAAGAAGCUCAAGGACAACCUCUACUGCGAAAUCGAAAUCCUCAAGGGCCUCCACCACCCCCAUAUAGUUGCUCUCAUCGACUGCCGAGAAUCGUCAUCACAUAUACAUUUGGUCAUGGAGUACUGCGAGUUGGGUGAUUUGUCUUACUUUAUCAAGAAGAGGGAUAAGUUGGCAGACAAUCCAGCUCUAAAGGAUAUGGUCAGAAAGUACCCAAUGCCACCGGCCGGCGGUUUGAACGAGGUCAUCGUCCGACAUUUCCUCAAGCAACUUGCUAGUGCGAUGGAAUUCCUCCGGGAUCGGAAUUUUAUACAUCGAGACGUUAAGCCACAAAACCUUCUUUUAUUACCCUCGCCGCAAUACAUAGAGAAGUCGAAAGAUCCUCCUUUAAUAAUGAGCGCGAGUGAGAAGGCGUUGGUCCCUAUGGUUGGCCUCACCUCCUUGCCGAUGCUCAAGAUUGCAGACUUUGGGUUUGCUCGAUCUCUUCCUUCAACCUCACUGGCCGAGACGUUGUGCGGUUCUCCUUUAUAUAUGGCUCCAGAAAUCCUUCGAUACGAAAAAUACGAUGCAAAAGCCGACCUUUGGUCCGUAGGUACAGUACUCUACGAGAUGAUGACCGGACGACCACCAUUUCGUGCAACCAACCAUGUUGAGCUCCUACGCAAGAUUGAACAGAGCGAAGACCACAUUAGGUUUCCAAGGGAAGCCGUGGUCAGCUCGGGGAUGAAGGAUCUAAUCAAAGCAUUAUUAAAGCGGACGCCUGUCGAACGCAUCGAGUUUGAUAAUUUCUUUAACCAUCUAGUGGUGAAGGAGCCCAUCCCAGGCUUGGUAGGCGAUGAUCGGCCAAGCGAGAUUCGAGCGCCAUCCAAGGGAGAUGAAGCCUCAAUAAGUCGGACGCCGUCUACAAGGACCGAUCGUAGACAAGUCCUGAAGACAGAGGUGCCUGCACCAUCCUCAUCACCUCGGGAGCGACCUACUGUACCCUCGUCACGCGCUCUUUCAGAUCCAACCCGGCAAGUAUCAGGACCACCACCUCGCCAUGCACCCCAGCCUCCAACUCCACGGGAACAAAAACGGCCUUCUAUAAUACCGUCCGCAACCGCUCCAAACCCCGAGUAUGUGCCAUCCGGCCGUCCGUUAUCUCGAACUUUCAAUCCUGCUGGAAAAGGCCAGAGAGGUGGAUUAUCAGCACAAUCCUCCACCGAUGAUGUGCCGAAGCAUGAAUCAGCAACAGCGGACUCUCAAACUCGAGAAGCCAUAGCCGAAGCCGAGCAGGCAGUUCGCGAUGCUCGCGAGUAUGUUCUGGUUGAGAAACGUGCUGUUGAGGUCAAUGCUUUUGCGGAUGAAAUGGCUGCAAAUCCCAGGCUGCAAGGCGGCGCUAGACAGACUGCAACCUCCAAGGGCGGACAGAUUGCAAGACGAGCCACAACCCAAGGCGUUCCCUCGUCAACCACAGGAGCCGUCCCGGCAUCCCCUUCUAGAGCAGUCCAAAUAGCACAGGGUAAGCCACGGCAAGAGGCAGUUCCGCGCCGUAACUCGGUUGGAAAAUCAUAUGGGAGCCCUUCCGCGACUUCGGCCAUCGCGAAGGCCCUUCAUGGCGCCAGUGUAAGGGUAUUUGGUGUUGGAUGGUCUCCACAUCUUAUAGGUAAAGGAAUGUCACCACCGCAACUUUACAGCCCUUUCCCAGCCUACCCGGCACCUCAUGGCACGAUCGGUCUACUUGGAGAUGGAAGGCCGAGUGGUCCAGUUGAUGAGGAUCAAAAAGCUGUCAAUAUCAUCGAAGAAUCUGCAACACGAAGUGACGUGGUGUAUGGCUUUGCCGAAGUAAAGUAUAAGCAACUCAUUCCAUUAGCUCCAUCUAUGGAUCAUGGACUUGGAGGGCCUCCGGACAAAUCUAGUGAUUCGAUACACGAGGAUGAGGGUCUCACUGUCGAAGCUGUGGUGGUAUUGUCAGAAGAAGCCCUCGUCUUAUACGUUAAAGCCCUAUCUCUGUUGGCCAAGUCAAUGGACAUUGCUGGAGCAUGGUGGACCCGCAAAAGCCGAGGCGAAAUUGUUGGUGGUAGCCAUAGAGCUGAAUCCGCUACCAGCGUUGCUGCUGGAAAUCGCAUUAACAGCGCUGUUCAAUGGGUUCGAAGCCGUUUCAACGAAGUGUUAGAGAAGGCAGAGUUUGUCAGGUUAAAACUCAUCGAGGCACAGAAGCAGUUACCCGAAGACCACCCCGGACACCCGAGCAACCACACGAGCUCGUCUCGGAUCGCUGGUGCAUCGUCGACCGAUGGGGUUGUUUUAAGCUCCGGUAUAUCGGCUGAGAAAUUAAUGUACGAUCGUGCGAUAGAGAUGAGUCGGACAGCUGCCAUAAACGAAAUCGCCAAUGAAGAUCUGUCAGGCUGCGAAAUCUCAUAUAUCACCGCCCUCAGGAUGUUGGAGGCUGUUCUUGAGAAUGACGAUGUUAUCCCUCAGAUUAGGCGAUCAUCUGGUGGGAGUGAAAGAGACAUCCAGCAAGAGAGCGAUGCAGCAAUUAAUGGGAUAAAGGUGGAGGACAGGGAGGCUGUCCAAAAAGUGACGUCCAUGAUACGCACACGCCUCACGACCCUUAGGAAGAAGAUGGCUAUGAUCGCGAAGCACCAGUCGCUUCCCCCAUCCUCUCCUCGCCUCUCAACUGUUAGCUACAGUAGCGGCACUACCCCCACUGUUGCAAAUACUCCGCCGCAUUAA